AGUUGAAUAAAAGUUUACCUUGUAGCAGCGGCAGCGGUGGACUGUAGCUUCCUGAUUGUGCGCCACGCCCCCGUCACGUGAUCAAACCCGAGGACAGCUGUCACAAACAAACAUGAUGGACUUUUGUGGUUGGAAUAAAUGUGGUAGGCUAAUAUUGUGUUAUAUUUAAGUUGUUUGUAAUUAUUUAAGUGUAUAUUUUUUGUAAUUAUGCUGAUUUGAUUGGAAAGCAUUUUGGUCACGCUGGCCUGAGCAAUGGGCUCUAUUCAUUCGGAUUGAUUAAAGGCCCUGGACAUUCAUAAGGCCUAUUUGCAAUAAAUUGUGAUUUACUGUAGAAAAUCUCAGGCACCACAAACAUCCUCAAGGUGACAGACCAUUAGAAAAGUUAUAUAGCGCACCUUUAACAUGUACUGAAGUAAAACAUUCUGAUCAAUGCUUCAGUGACCCGGGACUUGGACCCUAUGAACCUGUUUCAUAAUUCCACGUGGAAGAGCUCAGUCUCAUAUCGGACUAUUGGCUUAUGUCUGUCUGCACAUUCUCAUCAAUACCUCAAGUGUCCUCACAAAGCUGUAUUUGAUAAUAUUCUACUUAUUUUGUACAACAAAAGUAAGCUCGUUAUGGGUUCAUUAGAGUAAUUGCUAAGGAUGGCUUAUCUCUCUGUAUUGAUUUGUGGUUAUGAGUUUUGUGUAUCUAAGAAAAGUACACAACGUUAUCUGGAGCUAAAGAUCACUUGGGCUGUUGUGGAUGGGUCAGUGUGUGGGAGGAGAGUGGUACUUAAGUCCAGUUGUGGUGCCUGUCCUCUGGGUCUUGUGUACCUGGGUCCUCUCUCAGAACCAUGCGGUCUCUGGUCAUCUGCCUGGUCCUUGCUGCCUCCUGCUGCCUCUCCAGGGCUGGGGUGAUCCUGGACAAUGGCGCUCCGGUGAUGUGGGCACAUGCCACAGGACAGCUCACGGAUUUACCCAUCACGGAUGGAGUGUUGACCCCUGACCCCUGGCACUAUCUGCAUCGAAUGAGCUUCUACCGUCUCCUCAUUGCCGCCACUGACCCCUACAUGAGCUCCAUGGGUCCUGGGGAAAACCAGAGCCCAAUCUGGGGUCUGCCCCUUCAACUAGGGUGGAUGCUCACCUCAGGUCGUCUGGCUGACCCCACCGGUCUCACCGUGUGUGGAAGUCAGGGUGGAGACACAGCUGAUAUGUGCAUCUCCCCCAACAGCUGGUGGGGCUGUGUGAACUACUUCAACUCCGUUCUGCCUUUCCUGUCUGCUGUGAAGCAAGGGUUCAUGGGAGAGGGAGUUAUGGUUCAGAUGCAGAGUCCCGCUGGAGUGGAGGGAUUCUGCACAAACUAUGACUCCUGUAAAGCGGCUUAUCCCGAUGCAAUGAACAACUGGGACUCAUUUUUCCAGGGCCUGAAAGACGCGACCACAUCUCCUCUGCCCGACAACGAGAAGAAGGAUGCCAUCUUGGGACUGUACUGGAAAGCUCAGACCUCCUCCACCGCUGCCGCUUCUGCCUGCCAUGAAAAGUUAAACUCUUACUCUGGUGUAGAGAAAGCUUUUGCUAACAGUUGGUUAAAUGCCGGAGAAUAUGUGGCUGCUGCUCAUUUUCAGUCCAAUUUGGAGCUGGCGUCACAGUUCAUGUCUCCUCUGCCCGGACGCAUUCUCAGGGAAGACGACGUCCCUCCAAACAUUCCUGACCUGACCACAGAGGAAAACCACUCCCUCUACAUCUUCUCCUGGAUGAAGAGCAUCGACAACUUUCUGGGGGGCACUCUUGCGAACAUGUGGCGCAAGGCCAUGUGUUCUGUGACAACUCGAGAAAGCGGACGAGAGAUGCUCAGACAGCUCCUGUUCAACCCUGAGUACGCCACCUCCAGCUUUCUGUCCAUUGUCACCUCCAUGUCAACCAGCUGUGGCUGAACCAGAACUGACCCAGGACUAAGACCAGGACUAAACCAAGACUAAGAACAGAGCUAAACCAGCUUCCUCUCCAUCAUCCACCAGCUUUGGGUCUUAGGCCUGGACCAGAACUAAAUCAGGACUGGACCAGGACUAGACAUAUUUUUUGUUACAAUUUGGUAUAUACAUACAUAUAUAUAUCCCCCUGGGACUGGAUCAGGACUAGACCAGACCAGAGUUAGAACUAAAGUAGCUUAUGCCUACUUUGUUUACUGUAAAUCAAGACUAAACUCUAACUAAACCAGGCCAAAAUCAGCACAAUUCACUUUCAACAAUAUUUUUCUGUAUAGACCUCAAACUAGACUUGGAAAUAUUUAGAUUUGUUUCUGCGAUAUUAGUUUUUGAAAUACGCAACGCUUGUUUCAAAUAUAUAUUUAUAUAUAUAUAUAUACUGCCUUCUAGUGGUCAUCUGUUGAACGGUAUCUUCAAUAAACUUUUUUUUUACUUC